GAGACUGUUAAAAAGGAAAAUGUAUUUAAAUGCAUAGAAGAAAACGUAAACCAAAACAUCCAUUUAUGUUUAAAUGAGAAGAGGUCUCUGCACCAUGGAUAUAGGCUCUAAAAACCCCUGACCCCAAGUGGCUUGGAAAGCAUGAGCCAGAUUUCGUGGCAUUACAGAACAGCCGGAGAGGACAGUCAAGAUGACCCGAGUCGGCCCCUUUUCUUUUGUGACGGGGCCUCUGAUCUCCCGAAGCUGAGAGACACUCGGGGUCACACUGUGCAAGGUGACGACCAGGACCCAGGUCCCUCAGCUGCUGGUUGAGUGCGGCCCGCCCUGACGGGAGACCGACAGGAGAGCGUUCCCACGCCACUGCCGGAGUUCUGGGGAUGGCCUUCUACUCCGGUUUCCACGUGACGGGAAAAUCGGUCCCUGCUGUGUAGUCUGUAUGUUUCAAAAUGCAUAUCUAUGUGCAAAACUGUCGUCUACAUCUUUUUCAAAAAUGCUUCAGCAUUUUGUGGGAAUGUAAGAAUAAUCGAGACUUGCACAGGCAUAUCUUUUUCCAGGGCCCUUUGCAGGGACCUGUGGUUUCACACGCUGGAGGGCCGUGGCCGCUCUGUGCUGAGCAGUUCUCUCAGGGCCGUUUUCCUAGCGGCACUCGCUCACUUUGUGUCUCUGGGUCACAUUUUGGUAAUCCUCACAAUAUUUCAUGCUUUUUGUUGUUAUUAUUAUAUCUGUUAUGGUGACCUGUGGACAGGGACCCUUGAUGUUUCUGUUGUCACUGUUUCGUGGCACCGUGAACCGCACCCACACGAGACAGUGAACUUGGUGGAAAAGUGUGUGUGUUCUGGCCGCUUCACCUGCCAGCUGGCCCCCCGUCUCUCCCCCUUCCCUCCGGCCUCCCUGUCCCCCGGGACACAGCAGCGGUGCAGUCGGGCCAGAGGACCACCCUACAAUGGCCUCUCGGUGCCCGAGGGAACGGAAGAGCCGCACGGCUCUCAUGCACCAGAAACUGGAGGUGAUCGAGCUCAGCGGGGGCGUGUCCAAGGCAGAGGUCGGCCGCAAGCUGGGCCCCCUGCGCCAGACCGUCAGCCAGGUCGUGAAUGCGAAGGAGAAGUUCCUGACGGGGGUUGGAAGGGCCACCCCAGCGAACGCACGAGUGGUGCGGGAGCAGAACAGCCUGAUCGCCGACAUGGAGAAGGUGCUGGCGGUCUGGAUAGAGGGUCAGGCCAGCCGCAGCGUCCCCUUAAGUCAGAGCCUGAUCCAGAGCAAGGCCCUGACCCUCUUCAACUCGAUGAAGACCGAGAGGGGGGAGGAGGCUGUGGAAGAGAAGGUCAAAGCCAGCAAAGGCUGGUUUGUGAGGUUUAAGGAAAGGUGCCCUCUCUGUCAGUUCAGAGUGUGUGCUGAGGCCACGGGUGCCGAGGCAGAGGCUGCAGCAAGGUGCCCGGGAGCUCUAGCUAAGACGAUCCACGAAGGCGGCUACACCGAACAGCAGAUUUUCAGUGUGGCUGAAACAGCCUUAUACUGGAGGAAGAUGCCCUCUCGGGCGUUCGUAGCCGGAGAGGAGAAGCCGGUGCCCGGGUUCGGAUCUUCCCAGGACAGGCUGACGCUCUUGUUGGGGGCUAACGCGGCCGGCGACUGUAGGUUGAAGCCGAUGCUCGUUUAUCACUCAGAAAAUCCCACGGCCCUCAGGAAUUACGCUAAAGCCACUCUGCCUGUGCUGUACAAGUGGAACAGCAAGGCCUGGGUGACAGCUCACCUGUUUACAGUGUGGUUUACCGAGUAUUUUAAGCCCACCGUGGAGGCCUACUGCUGAAAAAAGAUCCCUUUCAAAAUACUGCUGCUCGUGGACAGUGCGCCGGCCCACCCGAGAGCCCUGAAGAUGUACGAUGAGAUCAACGUCGUUUUCGUGCCCGCUCACGCCGCGUCCACGCUGCGGCCCAUGGGUCAGGGGGUCAUCUCAGCUUUCGGGUCGUACUAUUUGAGAAACACGUUCCGCAAGGCGGUAGCUGCUGUGGACAGCGGCUCCUCCUACGGGUCUGGGCAGAGUAACAGAACCUUCUGGAAGGGGUUCACCAUUCUAGAAGCCAUCAAGAACAUAUGUGACUCAUGGGACGAGGUCGGAAUCUCCACGCUCACAGGAGUCUGGAGGAAGCUGAUCCCGGCCCCCCCGGAGGGCUCGGGGGCGAUGUCUUGCACGGAGGAGGUCGCCGCGGGCGUGGUGGACAUCGCGAGAGACCUGGCACUGGACGUGGAGCCUGAGGACGUGGCCGACUGGCUGCGGUCUGACAAGUCCCCGACGAAUGAGGAUUUGCUUCUUGCGGGCGGGCAGAGAGGGUGGUGUCCCGAGACGGAGUCUCCCGGAGGCGGCGGCGGCGAGGAGGCGGGGCUUGCGGAAACGGCGACCGGGGAUCUGGAACACUCCGUAGGCCUAGUGGACGAAGCGGCGUCAGGCUUUGAGAGGACGGACCCCAAUUUUGAAAGAAGUUCCGCCGUGGGUAAAAUGCUGUCAAAUAGCAUUGCGUGCUACAGAAAAAUUAUUCGUGAAAGGAAGAAUCAGUCGGCGAGGCAAACGUCACCGUUGUCUUAUUUUAAGAGGUCGCCCCAGCCACCCCCGCCGCCUUCAGCAACCACCACCCCGACCGGUCAGCAGCCGCUGACUCCGAGGCGAGACCCUCCGCCAGCAGAGAGACUGCGACCCCCGGAAGGCUCAGACGAUGGCUAG